GUUAACGGGGCCCCGCGGUUCACGACCGUCGGAUCUUUCUGCUUUAUACCGAUGGAUCUGGAGUUCCAGGGUGUCAUGCCACCGAAUAAUGGGCUGGCCACUCACCCCAAUCUGAUCACCCCCCCGGCCUCCGCCAGCGACCUUCGGAGCAACCCAAGGCUGCCCCGGCCGACAGUCUUCGACUUUUCGCCCAAGAACCUGGCAUCUUGCGACAUGGAGAAGAUCCCCGCCAUCACAGGCAAGCGGCGGGGUGGGUGUAGAAAGGCGUGUAAUGAGUGUAAGCAGCAAAAGCUUCGGUGCGACAUUGUGCAGACACCCGCCGAUGCGUGCUCGCGCUGCCGGCGCCUCCAGAUAGAAUGCAAAGUCGAGCCCACUUUCAAACGGAUCUCCAAACGAAGGCGCAAUGCUGAAAUGGAACGGGAGAUCGCAGACCUGCGUCGGCGGCUUGCCAACGGCGACCCUCAGGCUGUAGAAGCUAAUGGCAGCGAUGAGCUGUCUCAGUGCUCGGAGGAUGUAUUCUGUCCUCCUGAAGCGGCGCUGGAAGCCCGAGCCCAACCGCUGUCUGCCCCGUUGGAGCCGCCUCGGCCUAUAGCGACUCCAUUAGCAAUGUAUCGAGAUGUAUCUAUUCUUUCCCAGGAGGAUCAUCCCUGGAGACUGGAAGACAUUUCACUGUCGAGGACCAGAGUAAAUCGCUUGUUCGACCAGUUCUUCAAGUACUAUCAUCCGUUUCUUCCCCUGCUGAACCCGCAAAAGCCCCCGGACGAGUAUUUCCGUCGCUGUCCCUUGCAGGCAUGGACAAUCAUCUGUGUCGCUAGCCGACGAGCGCCCUCAGAGCCAGGCCUCCUGAGCGCGCUCUCUGGACCAUUCAGCAGGCUGCUCUGGUCCACUAUCACCAGUGUGCCACAAGACUAUCGUGUGGUCAAGGCUCUUUGCCUUCUGUGCACCUGGCCAUUGCCGACGACGAGCCAGAGGACCGACGCCACAUUCAUGCUCAGUGGGCUGAUCAUGCAGAUUUCCAUGCAACUCGGCUUGCAUCGUCCUGUCCAGGCGGAAGAAUUCACCACCUUCCGCAUGGAAGUCCAGGGGGAAGCUGUGAAAGACCGUCUACAGACCUGGGUUAUCUGUAAUAUCGUAGCUCAAAACGUUGCUACCGGUUACGGCCAACCUCCGGGAACGAUCUAUGACUGGGCGCUCGAGCCAGCAUCGCUCCGAGAUGCGGAUUACCACCCUUCGGAAGACUUGAAGACGCGGCUACGCAUCGAAAAGUUCUGUGACCGCGUGACAAAGGCGCUCUACAGCAGCAAGCCUGACCCGGCCGAAUUCAUCAGCUCGGAGAAGCUACUCAUCGUGCAGCUUUUAGAAAAUGAGCUGCGCGAUAUGGAAGUGGAGUUCGGAAGAGAUAUCUCCAAUAUCAACAUGAUUCAUUUACGAGCGGCGGAGCUGCAUCUCAGAUACUUUGUCUUCCUCGGCUCCAACGCACGAAGCGACGACUUAACGAAGCUUUUCAUUGCCACCACAUCAUUCCUCGGUCGGGUACUGGACCUUGAAACCUCUCCCGGGGAGCUCAUCGGCCACGCCACCAACUACAUUCUCCAGAUGAUUGUUUCAGCCGCCUUUGCACUCAUGAAGCUGCUGAAGAGCGACUUUCGACGCCACAUAGACUUUGAGCAUGGGAAGUUGCUGUUCAACGGAGCUAUUUCGGCCAUUAGGAGAAUCAGCGUCAUGGAUCACGACCGCCCUGUGCGCCUGGCGGAUAUUCUGGCACAGAUGUGGAACGCCGGCAGCCCGGAAGGCCCGGCGGGAGAAGAUACUCUGCAGCUCAAGGUACGCUGCCGGAUGAGCAUGAGUCAUGUGUAUGAUACCGUUUGGCGUUGGCGCCAACGGUUCCGUCCGAUGAAGAGCGUCGAGGACCAGCAAGCCGGUCUGGUAAACGCCAAUGUCUCUGCAACCGCAGGCCCGAUGUCACGACAGCAGCACGACGACUCACUUGCCGCCGACCCGGGUUUGAUUUACGCGCCGAACUUUGACCAAAGCGCUUUCAUCAGCGAGGCCGGGUUCUCGGAGGUGUUUGAUUCUCUGAACUGGGUGUUUGACGGAAUCCCCGACUCCUUCGUCGCUCCCCCGGUCAUGUAGACGGGCGCGGACGCGAACGCGGACGCGGGCUCUAGUUAUCGGUGUCGGCAGAUGUGGUUUUUUUCCCCAGAGAUCCUUUUCUUUUGGAACUUGGAACUUAACUUGGAAC